AGCACUGUUGCUGGCGUGUGGCGUUUGUGUCUGAGGGUCCGGUUCGCUCACUCGUGCGCGCACUCACCGUUUUGCCGUGGCUAGAAUCCGUUGCAUUCGCGUUUCACCACCACCGAGGGAGCCACUGCCGAUGGGAAAGUGUUGUUGCUGGAAAGGAAAUCUGAAAAUCGCGUCUGCCGUCAAACGAUGCGACACUGCAUUCGGCUCGAUUAAAUUGCACCGUUGUGCACGGCCGGUGGUCCCAAAAAGGAAACUUGAAAUAGAGUGUGUUCAGUGAAUGUUUACAUAUCUCUCAGCAUAUCUGAGUCCAGCGUGUGAUAAAGCGUUCAAAUUGUGUGUGUGUGUGUGUGUUUGAGUGUGGGAGUGUCUGUGUGAAUUUAUCUGCUAUCUGUAGUGCCGCAACCCAUUGUCGAAGGUGCCGCAAAGUUGACAACAUCGCAUCGCGCGCAAUAGUGGUACCAAAGUCACGUGGUGCUUGAAACUCGGGCAAAUCCUGCCUCACUAAUCCGGCCGGUCGUUUGUUGCUGGCGGUGGCGAGCUAUUGCGGUCUUGUGAAGAAGUGUGUGUGUAUCUGUGUGUCACGAGUGGCAUCGAAAUAGGGCAUGUGAAUGUGUUGAGUGCAGGAAACAGUGCAGGCAGCGCUUCCGUCGCGCUAUACAGUUGAGUUGCAUCAGCGUAUGCACAGCACGCGGCUUUCGCCGCAUUCUGUUGCCAGUGGAGGUGGGGGCUCUUGAAGCUGGCUCCGGGUGUUAAUGCGUCCCGAGCGUGAAUGUGAGCUGUGCAAGGAAGCAUCGGUUCGUGUCCGAACGCACAAGGAAUAGGUCCCGGUAGCUGUGCUGAAAGAAAUUGCUGUUAAAGCCUUCGAUCGGCUUAGGCGGCGGUCUUCGUGGAGCAAAAAGUCAUCAGCCACCGUUCGGGUUCCUGCCAGCGGUGCAUCCUGCCACCGGCGCUGAUCACGCCAUCCCACCGUAGCUUCCUUGCCCCUUGUUCCCCUUCCUCGCACCAAAUCUCCUUCCCAAUCUCCUGAGCAGCCCACCCUCCCCGAGUUCGAGUAUUCCAUCCGGCGGUGCGUUUUUUGCGGAUUUCGGAAAACGAAAGGAGGAGGAGGAACGGGAACGGGAGCGGACCGCGGCAGCGGCGGCCCACCACUGCCGCCGGGACCAUCCGCACCACUGCCAGCACCAUCACCACCAUCAGCUUCUUCAUCGUCAUCCCCAUACAACCCCUCCGGCUGGCAGCCCUUCCUCCGGGUCUUUAUCGCUUGCGUCAUCGCCCUCCACACCCUCAUCCCCGGCUAGCUUACCGCUCACGGCCGCCUCUGGUGGGGAGCCGGCGAAGCAGCACCGCACGACCACCGCCGGGCUGUUGCGGUCCGCGCGCGACAGCUUCAUAGGGCGGAGGCAGCCACAGCAGCGCAGCAGCGGCGUGCCGGGAGCCGCAACGGGAGCAGUGGCGGCCUGCAGCAGCAGCACAGUCGCCACCGCAGCACCACCACCGCCCACCGUCACCUCGCCGCUGCUCGCGAAAGCCAAGGAAAGGUGCAAACUGUUCAGCAUGCAGCGCCAACAGUACCAACACUGCCACUCACAGUCCAUCGAGAUGGACGUUUACGACACGGAAGGUGAACCCACCGAUGAUCAACCCUUCGUGUCGAAAGGAGAUAAAAUCGAUACAAAUCUGUACCUUUACUCGGAUGACAUUCAGGAACGUCCCCAUGUCACCACGCUCAUUUCGUCCCUGGCAAACUACUCGAAUACGAUCGCACCGGCACCGACGGAUCCCGAUGCCAAACCAGCACCUGCCGCCGCCCGCAUGGGCACACUCAUCGGUGUCUACCUGCCGUGCAUACAGAACAUUUUCGGUGUCAUUUUAUUCAUCCGUUUAACCUGGGUUGUCGGUACGGCUGGAGCCAUAUUCGGGUUUUUAAUCGUAUUAUGCUGUUGCUGUGUGACGAUGUUGACUGCCAUCUCCAUGUCGGCUAUCGCCACGAACGGGGUGGUACCGGCGGGCGGCAGCUAUUUCAUGAUAUCGAGAUCGCUGGGGCCCGAGUUUGGUGGCGCUGUCGGGAUGUUGUUCUACACGGGAACAACUUUAGCAGCCGCCAUGUACAUAGUCGGUGCGGUAGAGAUCGUACUGACGUACAUGGCACCCUGGCUCUCGAUAUUCGGCGACUUCACCAAGGACGCAUCGGCAAUGUACAACAACUUCCGCGUCUACGGUACCGGUCUGUUGUGCGUGAUGGGACUGAUCGUGUACGUUGGUGUAAAGUUCGUGAACAAAUUCGCCACGGUAGCGCUGGCCUGUGUCAUCUUCUCGAUCAUCGCUGUCUACGCUGGCAUUUUCGAUAACAUCGAUGGAAACGAUAAGCUAUUCAUGUGCGUGCUAGGAAAGCGAUUGCUGAAGGACGUUGCCGUCGCCAACUGCUCGAAGGAUGAGGGCGGUGUACUGUGGAACUACUUCUGCGCCUCCGGCGAAUGUGAUCCCUACUUCAAAGAGCAAAACGUUACGCUGGUGCGCGGCAUCAAGGGACUGAAGAGUGGUGUCUUCUUCGACAACUUGUUCCCAUCUUUCCUGCAGGAAGGGCAGUACAUUGCGUACGGUAUGGAUCCGGAGCACAUCGAACCAUUGGACCGUCCGAGCUACAACCAGGUGUACGCUGACCUUUCGACUGCCUUCACGAUUCUGAUCGGUAUCUUCUUCCCGUCGGUAACUGGCAUUAUGGCUGGCUCGAACCGUUCCGGCGAUUUGGCGGACGCACAAAAAAGUAUUCCCAUCGGUACGAUUGGUGCCAUUGUGACGACCUCGACCGUGUAUCUGUCGUGCGUGCUGCUGUUUGCCGGCACCGUCGACAACCUACUGCUGCGUGACAAGUUCGGACAGUCCAUCGGUGGCAAGCUGGUGGUCGCGAACAUGGCCUGGCCCAAUCAGUGGGUUAUCCUGAUCGGCUCCUUCCUGUCCACGCUCGGUGCCGGGCUGCAGAGCUUGACCGGCGCACCGCGACUGCUGCAGGCCAUCGCGAAGGACGGUAUCAUCCCGUUCCUGGAACCGUUCGCCGUCUCGUCCAAGCGCGGCGAGCCGACGCGUGCCCUCAUCCUGACGCUGCUCAUCUGCCAGUGCGGCAUCCUGCUCGGCAACGUCGAUCUGCUCGCACCGCUCCUGUCCAUGUUCUUCCUGAUGUGCUACGGCUUCGUCAAUCUGGCCUGCGCCCUGCAGACGCUGCUGCGCACACCGAACUGGCGGCCGCGCUUCAAGUACUACCACUGGUGCUUGUCGCUGAUUGGGCUGACGCUCUGCAUUUCCAUCAUGUUCAUGACCUCGUGGUACUUUGCGCUGAUUGCGAUGGGAAUGGCCGUGCUGAUCUACAAGUACAUCGAGUACCGUGGUGCCGAGAAGGAAUGGGGUGACGGUAUCCGUGGUAUCGCCCUGUCCGCCGCCCGCUACUCGCUGCUCCGCCUGGAGGAGGGCCCGCCGCACACGAAGAACUGGCGCCCGCAGAUCCUGAUGCUGGCCAAGCUGAACGACGACUUUACGCCCAAGUACCGCAAGCUGUUCUCGUUCGUCUCGCAGCUGAAGGCGGGCAAGGGUUUGGCCGUGGUCGUGUCGCUCAUACCGGGCGAUUUUACGCGGCGGGCGGGCGAGGCGGCCGCCGCCAAGCAAGCGCUGCGCAAGGUCAUGGACGACGAGAAGGUGAAGGGCUUCUGCGACGUGCUGGUGGCUUCGAACAUUGCCGAUGGGCUCUCACACGCCGUGCAAACCAUUGGGCUCGGUGGCAUGAAGCCGAACACGGUCAUCAUCGGCUGGCCGUACGGUUGGCGUCAGAGCGAGGACGAUCGCACCUGGCACGUGUUCCUGCAAACGGUGCGCCACGUUAGUGCCGCCCGGAUGGCGCUGCUCGUCCCGAAGGGCAUCAACUUCUUCCCGGCCAUCGGCGAUAAGAUUGCUGGAAACAUUGACAUCUGGUGGAUCGUGCACGACGGCGGGCUGCUGAUGCUGCUGCCGUUCCUGCUGAAGCAGCACCGCUCGUGGAAGAACUGCAAGAUGCGCAUCUUCACCGUCGCCCAGAUGGAGGACAACUCCAUCCAGAUAAAGAAGGAUCUGAAGAUGUUCCUGUACCAUCUGCGUAUCGAGGCGGAAGUGGAGGUCGUUGAAAUGAUGGAUAGCGAUAUCUCGGCGUACACCUACGAGCGGACGCUUAUGAUGGAGCAGCGCAACCAGAUGCUGAGAAAACUUCGUUUGAACAAGCGCGAAAAGGAGAACGUGGUGGAUAACAUGGUGGAGUUCACUCAGGCCACCGCUAACGGAGAGGAUCGAACACCGCUGGUACAAGCCAUCGUUGACCAUCAUCAUCACAAUGACAACAAUACCAAGACCGCGUCCAAGGUUCGGUUCGCUGAUCCAUCCGAGAACAAAGAGGCCGGAAGCGAGGAAGCCGACCGGGAGGAAAAGAAUGAGACUGAAUCCGAAAAGGACAAGGACACCAAAGAAGCCACCGAUAGCGACAAGGAAGCGGCCGGUGCCGAAAAGCUGGCCAACAAUGUGUCCGUCUCGCCCGUCAAGGAUAAGAAGGCCGGCGGCGAUGCAGCGAAGGUGGCGGACGACGUGAAGUCUGCCUUCAAACCGGACGAGGGCAACGUCAGACGGAUGCACACGGCUGUGAAACUGAACGAGGUUAUAGUGAACAAAUCGCACGAUGCUCAACUGGUCAUACUCAAUCUGCCCGGCCCACCGAAGGAAACGUACAUGGAGCGGGAAAGCAACUAUAUGGAAUUCCUGGAGGUUCUUACCGAAGGUCUCGAGCGUGUGCUGAUGGUGCGAGGCGGCGGACGGGAAGUCAUCACGAUCUACUCUUAAAUCGCUAUCGCGCCUGCCGACAAAACCACACUGAUUGUACGUAUGGCUGAAUAUGUGUGAGAGUGACACACACACACACAUCUCGCCAACAACAACAACAACAUCAACAACAACAACGGGCAGCAAACGCUUCGUCCAGUUUUCCAGCCCGCUUUCCGCAAGGACACGUUUCGAGGGGGGGAGGGCGGGUCUGUGCGUAACCGAUAUUACGAACUCAUCCAUCGAGGCCAUCGUAUUUUAGCUGUAAGAAUGUAAACGCCCUUCUUCCCAUCUCCCAAUGAAUACGCGAAUGUACCAACAUACACAAACAAACACACAGACAUACACAACGUAAUGGAAGCAGCUCUCGAAACCGAAACCAAAAAGAGGAAGGAAAAAAACAAGCUCGAUCAAAUCGAUGGGUGUCUGGGAGAUCGCCCACAAUUAAGGCUAGCUUUUCGAAUAGAAGAAAACCCGUAGUAUGUUAAGGCGUUAUUAAGUGUCGUGUGCGGUUCGGGUUUUGUGCCAUUGAAACGGCUCUAUCUUUUUACACUACUGGUGUUGAGUGCUGGGGUGCUUGGGGUGGGGAGGGCAUGGAAGGGGGAUACGAAAAUGUGUGUGUGUGUGUGUGUAUUUAUGCCGAAAAGCUGAAAGUAACCCCGAUCGUCGGUGUUUGUGUUGUGUACGUUGAAUUUGCUAGUUUUAGUCACGAGAGCAUCGUCGCAUUCAAAACCACCGAAAUCGUAUGUGGACAGAAGAGCGCAUAGAGAUCCCCAACAAUUUGUUUUUCAUUAAAGUCUUUAUGUUUUAAUUUCCAAUUAGCUCCAAUCAUUCCCCGUCCCAUUAAAACAAACACACACAACAAGGCACUGGCGUAUCGAUAGCUCGAUCGUUUACCGAAUCUGUCGAAUACGAAUACAGUUCGAAAACGGAUGUGCUGUGGCCGGUACAAAGUACAAACCCCUCCUCUCCAGGAAACACACACACACACACACACACACACACACACACACACACACACACACACACACACACACACACACACACUAAAAGCGCCCUGCUGUGCAUUACAUGACAAGGCAUCCGAUUGCAUCCCAUGCCUGACUUCCCCCGAACCCGGUAAAUUCGAUGUGAUAAGUUCAACACAACAUUUAACUGUAUUAAGCUCUGCGCGGGAGAGGAUGGGGCUGACGGAAGCGCUCUCGCCACACACAACUGGAGACAACUGGUCAGUUUAAAUUUCCCACACAAGCAAUAGACAGUGGUGAGAAUGUGAUGCGUUGCAUUGUUUCUGUGUGUAUCCCAACGUCCCUCCCGAACAAGGUAAACACAACAAAAAAACACCCCAAACUGUUGCAGUAUAGUAGAACUCUUACGUGCCUAUAGUCUGUUAACAACUCGAACCAAACGCAACGCGCGGACAUGGAAAACAAAAGUAUUUGAAUGAAAGAUAUAAAGAAGGAAGGAAAAACAAAGAAGAGCAGUGCAACAAAAAAAGAAGUACGAAGUACACCGUAACACAACACAACACACACACACCUAAAUACGCAGAGCUAAUAUUUCCAAAACUCGAUACCAAAACAGAAAGACUUUGCCAACAAAAAAAAACAAAAAACUGGCGGAAAAGCGAAGAUGCAAACGAAACAGGGCGAAUUAGGUAACCCCGUGGAGGUGUUGACUAAUGUCUCCCUCCACACCAACCAGCGGAUGCCAGCCUAUUGAUUCGAUUUUUUUCCGUCCCAGUGUAUUUGUGUUUUCGUUGCGCCGUUUAGUUGUCUGCUUUACUAAAAACUAAGUAAUUUGUUCGAUUUUUUAGCUUUUAUUUUUAUGUUUUUUUGUUUUCUUUUUUGUUGUUUUUAUCACUGAAUGAGUUAUAGAUUUACUUUCACUUAAUCGCAGUAAUCGGAGCGGUUUAUCGAUUGUGAAACGGAUUGUGCUUUUGUUUUUCUUUGUUUUAUACGAAAGAAAUGUAUAUUUUAAUAGUUUACUUCUCAGGUAAGUGAGUGUUUUUGGUUUUUGGUUUUGUUUUCCGUAAUACUUUAUCAUUUUUGCAUCCAUUUAUUUAUCUAUUUCAAUGUCUAUUUCUUUACUGUAGCAAAUGGACACAUGAAGCGUACAUUAAAAAAAUAAAUAAAACAAAACGGAUUUAAUCGGUGAGUGAAUGACAUACCAAAAUUCCUCGGCCUACUAUAACAAACCCACGUACUACAACAAAACAACAACAAACUCGCACACACAUACACACACAUAUACAGAACGAAUAGUACUGAGAGAAGAAGCAAAGCAAACAAGUAAAAGGAGUACAACCAAGUCUACUACUACCGUUCAACCAACGAACGAACCUUCACUCACCUUCAUUGGCAAAGCUGAAACGGAAAAAAAAAACAAAAAAAACAUGAUAAAAUGCAGUCUUUUGCGUACCAUAGAUUUAUUAGCAAGUAGACACGUCGUGGCGUAACACGCAACACCGUAAACACAAUAUAAAAGUAUAAAGCAUUGAAGCUCACAGCACAGCAGCGUAACACAAAAAGGGAAAAAGAAACACAAAACGGUCGAUCGAUGAGUACGUGUGGAGCCCUUCAAACGCGACAUUUACUAAACAAUAACAACAAAACAAACAAAGAAAUGAUAUUAACAUAUUUAAGACUGUGUUUUUAUGUUGAUUUUUUGUGUCUCCGUUUAUUACGUACAUAUAUACCAUACAUUAUGGAAGUAGGUAUAAAAAAACAGAAACAUGAACAAGUACGCGUGCGUGUUAUGUGUGUGUUGUGGAAGGAAGAGAACACAAAACGAAGCGAAAGCGUAAAGGAAGGAGUAGAAAGAAAAACAGCCAAAUCUCCCACCAUGAUGAACAAACAAACAAAACACAAAAAAAAACAAACAAAUGUCAAAUGGCGGUGGGCUUAGUGGGCAACAAAUUACAACACUUAACAUUUACCACGUUUUGCGAAUAUAUUACAAACAAAACAAAACAAACAAACAACAGAAAGCAUACUUAUAAUGAUAUAAACAGUAACGCAUGUAGUUGUAAGACAUCGGCGUGGGGCAUCGAUCGACUCUGAAAGCAAAACCAGCAAAACCGGACAAGCAAAACAUUCGAGAACAACAGCAGAACAACAAUAAUAUACAAAAGUUGAAAACUUCUUUAACUUUCAUAUACACACUCACACACCAUAAAGAGCAUAUGCAUACAUUGUACGAUCUCUAGGAUACUUACUUGCUGGUAUGGCUGAUGGCUGCAGCAGAAGCGAAAUGGUCAAACAAACAAAACGACCCAAACAAACAAAAGAACGUACAGUAAUUAAGCAUUAAGAUAACAACUAUUAGAAGUGAUUAAUGGAUAGCAGUAGUAAAAUUGAAACGGUACAAGCAAACGGGUUUAGACUUUUCCUUUUAGAUUUAUUCGUGAUACUCUUAUUAGCAUUUUUUUUUUUGUUUGAUUUGUGUUUGUUUUACUUUUUCUUCUUUUUUCUCGAUCGAUUUUAUCUUUCUUUUGUGUUUUAUUGUUUCUUCAUUGUCUUUUUAAUUUCAUUUUUAAAUUUUUCAUAUUUGUAUCUUUUUUCUUCGUAUUUGUUUUUUCUAUAAUCUCUUUUAAGCAAAUGACAAAAGUAUAUAAGUUCCCCCCCCCCCCCCCCCCUGUAGGCUGUACCGUAGUAGAUUGUAAUUCUAUGAAAUUGAUUACUUCUAUAACUAAAUUUAAACAAACAAAAAAAAACUCUUCCCGCACUGUUGUGCGAUUGUAACGAUCGUGCGAUAGUGUGACAGAGGAAGGGCAAGGACACACUCAUGAAAUUAACAUAAUUUUAUUGCAUAGGUUCAUUUUCGGAGCAGGAGAGCGGUGUUGAAGGGUAAAGUGAGUCAAAUGAGAGAGAGUGUGUGUUCGAAUUACCAAGGACAUUCCUUGGGAAAUUGGAAAAGGCACAGGACAUACAAAGAAAAACGAAUGGUUCGGUAAGGUGAAAACGGAGUGUGAUGGGCAAGCGACGAAAAUGACCUUUAUCUAAUAUGUAAGAAGUAAGAAAACCCCCCUAGUAACGAGAAGUAAUAAUGUUGCGUGCGUUAGGGAGCCAAAAACAAAACUCAAACACGCAAAAUGGUUAAUGAAAAACAGAACAAAACUUACGAAAGCAAAGCACACAGAAAAACAUUGCUCCCGUUUUUUUAGAUAAUUGUAACUGUUUACAUUAAUACUAGCCCAGGUAGUAGUAAAUUUUACCCUCUCUCUCUCACACACUCUUUCUCUAGAGUCACACAUACAGUCACAAAACGUACAGAAACGAUCCUGUCGUCGCAGCGCCGUCUGUUCGCUUCACGACAGGACGCACGGAACAUAAUAUCCCCGAACAGGCAAUCACGAAGAAACAAAAGUGUAUAGUAGAAAAGAUAAGCAAGCGACUACUUAACAAAGGAGAAACUGGCAAAAGGAGGGACAAGAGAGGGAGGGACACAACAACAACAAAAAAACUAACAAAAAAAAAUCCAAACUAUUCCUACCGUGCAAACGUGCUGGCCGAGUGGUGCGUUGUUGAAGGGUUCGAAGGAAAUUCGCCAAUUGCUUGAAGAAACGUUUUAAGAGCAAAAGAAGAAUGCUCCCAACGGAAGAUCAAACACCUUUUUUUUGCUUAGUUUGAUUGGAAAGGGGAAACAAAUGAAACGAAAGCACUUAAGAAGCAGCAGCUAAUUUCUUAACCCCGAAAACGGCAAGCCUAUCACGACCCGCUGCGUACGUGCCGGAUGGAACAGUUUAUAGCUCAUUUACUGUGAAACAAAAGAACAAAACCAUUUAAAUCAAAUUAUAAAGUCUAGAGCGGCGAGCCGAGAGCCACAGAACAGGAGCAGAGUAAAGAAAAUGGAAAGGAAAAGUGGAAAGUAACGCAAAGUUCACACAUAAAAAGGUAAGAAACGUGGUAGCCUAGUGUGUAGAGUGGUAAGGAAAACACACACACAAAACAAAACACAAAAACUAAUAACAAUCGAUCGUGUAGAUUGGUUGAAGUGUGUGUGGCGAAGAAGUGCUAUUUAAUAUUAUACAUACAUAUACAUAUAUAUAUACAUAUAGGUUAAUGUGUCUAGAGUCUAUCCAUUUCAGCAAACCCACUUACCCAAUGAGGCUAGAGAUGUUCGAAGAAAGAUAAAAAAAAACAGCAGAGAAGAAAAUAUGAAUCAAACAAAUUAGAAAAUUAAACAAACAAACAUACACAAACAGGUACGCUACAAACACGACAAUUACACACAAACACACAAGAUGAAGGUGGAAACUUUGGGCUAAAUCUGCAACGCAUUCCAUUAACCCAUUUCCUCCUCACAUACAAACACAUUUCACCCUCUCGAGAGUAUAUUACACUCGAUUUUGCGAAUUGUAUCGUUGUUUUUUCUUGACUAUUUGUAACGAAAAACCCCCCCACUAGGCAGAGCCGAACAAAUGGCCGACGAACGGGGACGAUUGGCGUGCCAUUCGCAACUAUUUAUCCUACCAUCCCUUUCUAUCUAACCACAUUUAACAAUUACUCGAAGCAAAAAGCGCUCUAUCUCGCUCUCUCUCUCUAUCUCUUUAAUACCCGUUUUUAUAAUGAGACAAAACAAAACUCCACACAAACACACUCAUACAAUCCUUAUCCAAGUUUGCAAUUGAAACCCAAAACAAAACAACAAAAAACGGAGGCUAACCUACAUAAAAGGUACACACACAACAGCCCCGACUUUUAACCACCAACUGUAUCCACUAUAUAACGAAAGUGAAGGAUCAGUCCCCCGUCUCGCCCAUCUAUUGCUUGCAUCUAUCACAGGUGGGAAGGUGUGAACUGUUGAUUGGCAGCAGCGGAACGGCAUUUUAUGGCAUUUUUGCUGACAAAUUUGGGGUUGAAGCUAUAUGUCGCCCCCGGUACUAAUCAGCGUUUAACACCAACCUUUUUAUUUCAUUUCGAGUCAGCGAACCGAGCGAAACAAUAAACUCUUUUUCCCGAACAAACAUACACACACACACAAACACUGGUAAAAGUAUGACAUAGAAAAACACAAGAAAAAAACUACAACAUAAGAAACUGUACGAAAUCUCUUAAAGCAAUAACUCAUAGUUAAAACGUUGACCGAUGCGAAUGCAAAAGCACGUGAACUAGAAGAAGAAAAAGAAGAAGAAGACGAAGAAAAAUAAGAAGAAGAAGACGAAGAAGAAGAAGAAGAAGAAGAAGAAGAAGAAGAAGAAGAAGAAGAAGAAGAAGAAGAAGAAGAAGAAGAAGAAGAAGAAGAAGAAGAAGAAGAAGAAGAAGAAGAAGCAAAACAAAAGAAACACAAUGAUUUAAUGAACAAAGACGAGGAAAGAGAAAAAGGAAGAUAGAAGAAAUGAAUCAAAAGAAACAGAUGGAUAAAAGGGAAAGAGAAGUCUUCUGCCGCAUGCGAGUCUAUGCUUAGCUGAUAUUAAGCAACAUCGAUGGGCUGAUAUUAAGCAAGUAGUAGUGCUAGCAAUUACUGCUCUUACCAAAACAAACAUUAAAGGUAAAAAUAAGAAAGAAAAACAAACCGAAAAGGAAGCGAACCCGCUAAUUAUAUAUGGCCGAAACUAACUUGCACUCUCUCCUUAGAGCACACAGACACAGACACAAAACUACAACAAAACAACAAAAGAAAAUGGUGAAAAUGAUAAAGUCAAAUUAUAGUAGUAGGUUUUAGAACGCGCGCCGACAGAUGUUGAGCAUACCGAACAAAACAUCAGAACAAACCAAAGUAAGGAAAGGCAAGCGACAGAAACAGCGUGUAUUGAAAGAUACAAAGAAAGAGAGCAAGAAAGAGAAGGAAAGAUGCGAAGGAAAAUAAUGCCGACAAAGCGUGUACGCGCCCUGAAACACAAUUAGAAACGGAGCAAAGAGUUCGAUGUUCAAAUCGUGGGACGGAUAGCGUCCGUCCCGCCUUUCCCCCCGGCAUUACAAAAGGGAGCGUCCAUUGAAUGAUACUUUCUUCGCUUGUGGUUUUGUGAAAUGCUUGUUCGUAUUGCUAUUUUCUCUUAUGCUUUGUGUUGCAUACACAUUCUUUUAUGUUUUUCACCUUACUUUUAAGUUUUCCUAUCUAAGCUUUAUAACUUUCUUGUUAGUUUUUUCCAUUAAAAAUUUUAAUGCAAUGCGUUUUUUUCCUAUUGCACUGUAGGUUUUGUUUUUGCCACCUGCCUAUCCCCUCACCCCGCACGUAUAGUAGUGAAUGUUGUGGCCAAAUCACUGCCGAUUUUGUAACUCGGUUUCUGCGACUCAUUUCAAGAAAAAAUGCUUUUCUAAAUAACAAAACAAAACAAUUCGCCAAUUUGGAACACAGACGCUUCUGGUAGAAGAGGAAAAGAGCAGCAACUUAAUUCCCUCUCGAUACGAACGAGCUACAAAAGUACAUUGUUGGCUGUACAAUCACAUGUUAGAGGGGCGACAAACAAACAGCAAACAAACGCGGUGUCUAGUAGCGCGUUCUUUCUACUUACAUCUCAAUGUUAGAGCAGCAAGAGUACCGUUCUAGUUGCACCUAGGUAAGACCAGUAGCUGACCAGUGUGUAGGGUGUGUAGUCGCGUGCAGCUACAGUAGCAGAAAGCAGUAUCGGCCCCCAUAUUUGCCAAACAGCGCCCAUAUCGCAAAACAUGAAAAUUGAAGCGAGAAACCCUAUUGAAAUGGAUGGACAUUUGUUUCACCUUUUCUCUAAUUUAUUUGUCCGCUUUGUACCGUUUCGUUUUGCUCUUUUGUCUUAGUUUUGUUCCACCAUCACCAAACGAUUUGUAGCGUAUUCAGUUCUUUAAAUUACAUUAAAGAAACCGGUAAUCAAAAAAAAAACAUGGAAACCAAACCUGAGCUAAAAUGCAAAGCGAAGACCUUCAGUAACGAUACAAAACAAAAAUAAACUCACACACCAGACUUCAUGCGUAGUUGUAUAAUUGUUAUUAUCAUCGAGUCUAACUUGAAAAGUGAAUAGGAAAUUAUUAUAUUUAAAACAAAAACAAGGAAUAGUUCCAGCAGAAAAAAACUUCCGCGCGAAAAACUCUCCCCACUCUCUCUCCCUUCCCCUCACUACUCAUAAGAUGAGUUUGACACCUUGUUCCCGGUUCCCGGAAGCUGGUGGAAAAAAAGGGGAAGCGAAGCAGAAUCAAUGCGUAGCAUAUAUGAACAGAGAUAUAAUUAUUUAACUAAUAUUACGAAUAAUACGCCUAGCCUAGCCAUGCACUUUGUUGUUGUUAUGAAUAAUGUAUAAUGAAGUAAUUGUAUCGAUUGAGAUUGUACACUGAUUGAUUUGAUAUAUUUAUUGGGAAAUGCUGUGCAGAUUUUAUUUUUUCUACUACAACUAUUACGAAGAUAACGGAUGGCCCGCGUGUGCCAUGGGUAGGCGGCUCCCAUCGAUAGGGAAGGGCUAUGCUAUUACUAUCACCACAAACUUCACCAACACCACCACCACCACCACUGAGAAACUAUUUUCUAUUUUCCGUUGCGUCUUUUUUAGUACGGUACGGAAAUGGCAAACACGGAAAUGGAAGUAAAACUCGAAAUAACCCAACCAAAAAAAUAUCUAAAUACCAGUUUGCAUACGGUCGUUUAUGUAAGAAAUGAUUUUUUUUCUGUUUCCGUUGAUUCUAGUAUAAAAUGUUUAAGAAACAAAAAUGGAGAAGAAGAAAAAAAAUCCAAACCAAAAGCCCCCCCAUUCUUUCUGUGUGAUUUUGUAACUAUACAAAAGAAAGUGGAAAAAAAGAAACAUAAAACAAAUCAGUCUUUUGUCGUAUGCAAUCAUUGUUGUCAUUGGAGUGGCUGCGAAUGGAGUAACCGAAUAAAUAGAAGAGGCAGAAAAGCACAACAAAACAAGCAAAAACUAUAGAAAUAGUACUUGAAAAAACAGAAAAGAUAAUAUGAACAAAAAAACAGACAAACAAACAGUUAAAACAGUAAAUUAGUCGUGCGUAGUAGUGUCACACGAUAACAAUCUAUUUCUACUUGCGUGUACGUUGUUUUUUUCUAAAGUUAGAACACGACACAUUCCAACCUUGAAACAAGAUGCAGUGCGGGCGCAAACGCAACACAGAGAAACACGAACAAGAUCUCCUUCAUUCUUUGUAGAACUGUUUACCGAGGAAAAAAAACAAAAAAAAAACAAGUAAACAGUAUAAAAAUUGUAGAAGAAAGUAACAAACAGACCGCAAACGCAAAUGGAACAACACAGAAGUUAAAAAUGGAGUUAGUAAAAAAAAA